AAGCUAAUAAAGAUCUGGAUGACAUGGCCGAUUUAUCCAAGAGAGGUUAUAAGUUUAAAAUUAGAGAUUGGCGAAACAUGUCAGUAGACCUAUACGGUGCUAAUGAAGAAAUAAGAAGAGCAUCUUUACUGUUUGGGAAUGGAGGGAUGAGUCAAGCUUCUACUUCGUAUCAGGAGGAGUCUUUGGAAUCAAAGAUCAACAGAAUCAGCGAGAUGGUGGGAGAUAAUUUAAGGAUCAUGAACGAUCGUUUGUGUUUGAUUGAAAAAGACAGGAAACAGAUUAAAGAACGUGUGACAAACCUAGAGAAACUACAAAGAGUUACUUCAUAUGAAACUCCAAACAAUGAGGUAACUUUUUUUUCGGAAAUUAAAAUUAAUGUUUAUCUAGUUCUUGAUUCAGUUUUGAGUUGUCAAGUAAUUUUGGAAGAUGUUAUACAUAUUUAGGCUUGCCUUCCUAAUUUUUGUUGUACUUGCACAGACUGACACAACUCCAUUUCAUGAGACGGCUUCCAGACAAGGUGAAGCCAAUGCAGAUCAAGCAGAUGAACAACUUAACAAUGAGGCAAGUAUAAUUUUGAAAACUGUUGGUAUUUAUAAAAUUAUGAAUUUGGUACGUGUUCAUAAUCCCAUUCCUGACAUCAGGAUACACGAGAGCCUAUGAAUGAGAUCACGAAAGAGACACCUGGUUCUCCAAUAGCUCAACAGAAUAUUGAGACUCCAGUCCUUACUCCAAUUCAGACGCAGCAGGAGACUCACGAGCUUAUGAAUGAGAUCAUUUCACCAAACAUUUCCGACACACAGCCAAAUACCCGAGCUCGCAGAAAUCUUUUAACAGAGCAAAAUAAGGAUGUAGAAAGCAGAGUUCAAAAUCCCUUUGAGAUCGGAGCAAAUGUGGAGAUUUCAUCACAAGAUGACAAUACUUGUCAUAAAUGGUAUCCAGGAAAUGUGUUGGCAACAUAUUUGGUUGAUGGGGUUGAGAUGGUGAAAGUUGAGUACUUCGUCCCGUCUCUGGACGAAAAGAAGAGGAAAAGGAGUGUUGAGACACGUGUAUCAAUUGACAGAAUACGUCCUCAACCACCACCUGAGAGAUCUGGAGCGAAGAAAAGUUAUGAGCUAAUGCAGGACGUGGAGGCGUUCGACAAUGGUGCCUGGUGCGCUGGAAAAGUUAAAGUCAUUUUGUUUGAUGGCUCGUGUUUUGUCUCUUUGAACAAUUCUAAAGAACAAAUUUACUUCCACCAUUCUGAGAUGCGAAAACCAAGAAAAUGGGUAGAUGGUGUUUGGGAGAUGACAAAAAAGAUGGAAGAAGAGCAGACGCAGAGUGUGAAUCCAAGUGAAGGAGAUGGUGAUAAAAAGGGGAAGGCGAAGGCUGUCGCUUGUAAGAAAAAUGAAGCAGCUGGUCCAUCAGAAGAUGGUGUUGGGAAAAUGGCAAAAGAGGUAAUAAAAAUGAAUAAGAUCCACUUGAAUUGAAGUUCAGGUCAAUAGUUUGAUAUAUCGGUUUUGUUUCACAGAUAGAA